GAAGGGGGGAAAAAAACCAGAAUACGUGCGCGCAUGUCCUAAUGCGCGAUCGCUGCUGCUGACGUGGCGCUAGAACGGGACCCCGCCAUAUCUCCCGUUGCUCAUAAGUACCGAUUUUCCCGCGAACAUUGUGAACGCCUCUCCGUUUCCCCAAAAUUAUCCCAAAAAAAAAAAAAAAUCGUAUUUUUACCUAUAAUUUCCCAUUUUGCUCUAAGUUUUUUGGGGGUCAUGAGGAUUGCGAUCGGGAUUAGGGCUGGUUCCUUCCCGCUGAUCGCUUUACGGUUCAAUUCUAGUAUUAGAGGAAGAUAACAAUUUUCAUAAGGAGUUUCAAGUACUCAGUGUCAAUUUUCUUCAUCCACAACCAUUAAGCAUGUGGUGCUGUGGAGACUCGGAAGAGGAUACCUAUGGACCUCCUGCAAAUCAAAACCCUGCUCCACCCAAUCGCAACACUCAUGGUCAGGAUAGAGAGCCAAGAAGGCCUAAUAACCCAAAGAGUGGAGCUGCCAAGAAAGAGUUAUCCAUUGAUAUUCCAACUUUUUCUUUAGCCGACCUUAAUCAGAUGACCAAUAACUUUGGCCAGAGGGCUCUACUCGGUGAAGGAUCCUAUGGACGAGUCUUUUAUGCUCUUCUACCUUCAGAGGAGCCCGUUGCAAUAAAAAAACUAGACCCAAACGCCUCUCAAGAACAUGAUUCUGAUUUCCAAUCUCAGUUAUCAAAUGUUUCAAGACUUAAGCAUGACUACUUUGUCAAACUGUUGGGGUAUUGCUUGGAGGAGAAUAAUAGAAUUUUGAUCUAUGAGUAUGCCACAAGAGGUUCAUUACAUGACAUUCUACAUGGGAGGAAAGGGGUACAAGGUGCUGAGCCAGGCCCUUUACUGAGUUGGAAUCAGCGUGUAAAGAUUGCUUAUGGUGCUGCAAGAGGUCUCGAGUUCCUUCAUGAAAAAGUUCAGCCGUCUAUAGUUCAUCGGGAUGUGAGAUCAAGCAAUGUCCUUGUAUUUGAAGAAUUUAACUCCAAGAUUGCUGACUUUAACUUGACUAACGCGUCUCCUGAUACUGCUGCACGCUUGCACUCUACUCGAGUUUUAGGAACGUUUGGCUAUCAUGCUCCAGAGUAUGCAAUGACUGGAUGCCUGACCCAGAAGAGUGAUGUCUAUAGUUUUGGUGUCGUUCUUCUCGAGCUUUUAACCGGUAGAAAACCUGUAGACCAUACAAUGCCCAAGGGACAGCAGAGUCUUGUAACUUGGGCUACGCCAAGGUUAAGUGAAGACAAAGUUAGACAAUGUGUUGACCCCAAAUUGAACGAUGAAUAUCCACCAAAGGGGGUUGCUAAGAUGGCAGCGGUUGCGGCUCUCUGUGUUCAGUAUGAAUCUGAUUUCAGACCGAACAUGACGAUUGUCGUGAAGGCCCUUCAACCACUUCUCCAGAGACCUCAGGAAAGUAAUCCUGUGUGAUACUUUUUUAGGCGAGCAACCAUUCUGGAUUAUCAAUGUGUGUACCUAGGUGAAGGGAUUCAAUACCAUAGCAAACUAUUGUCAGUGAACUGUGAUUCAUAUGAUUUCAUAUUUUUUUUAAUUAAACUAAUCGAAAACGAGCUGUGUCGAUUGUAUUCAAAUCAGCAUCUCCUCCUCAAUUGUCAAGAUCUUUUUAUUAAAGAUACAAGAGGGUUGUCUAUCCACUCUUCA